CAAGCCAGGAACAAAGGGGCAGUAGGGGUGGCAAAGACUUCUUUCUUUUGCUAGUUUUACUUGCCCAACACUCCUCAAAAAAAACCACCAACCUUCACCCUCAGGCCUCUCUUUUCGGGACAACCUCAUACUGUGCUCACAAUGGCCCCGGAAAUCCCUGCUGCCGCCGGUGCCUUCUCAGCUACUACAAAGGUCUCCUCGCUCACUGCAGGCUACUCGAAGAGGGCCUACGUAACUUUCUUGGCAGGCAAUGGGGAUUACGUGAAAGGGGUGGUCGGGUUGGCCAAGGGGCUGAGGAAGACCAAGAGCCCUUACCCUCUUGUGGUGGCAGUGUUGCCCGACGUGCCUGAGGAUCACCGUGAGAUACUCAGGGCUCAGGGUUGCAUCGUCCGUGAGAUCGAGCCCAUCUACCCGCCCAAGAACCAGAUUCAGUUUGCAAUGGCUUACUACGUGAUCAACUACUCCAAGCUUCGUAUAUGGAAUUUCGAGGAGUACAGCAAGAUGGUGUACCUGGAUGCGGACAUUCAAGUGUACGACAACAUCGACCAUCUGUUCGACACGCCCAAUGGCUACUUCUAUGCCGUGAUGGACUGCUUCUGCGAGAAGACUUGGAGCCACUCCAAGCAGUACUCCAUCGGGUACUGCCAGCAGUGCCCUGACAAGGUGACAUGGCCCACCGAGAUUGGCUCCCCUCCUCCGCUCUACUUCAAUGCUGGCAUGUUCGUGUUCGAGCCUAGUCCUCUCACCUACGACAGGCUCCUCGAGACCCUGAAGAUCACUCCCCCGACGCCCUUCGCCGAGCAAGACUUCCUGAACAUGUUCUUCGAGAAAGUUUACAAACCAAUUCCUUUGGCGUACAACCUGGUCCUUGCUAUGCUAUGGCGCCACCCAGAGAACGUCGAGCUUGAUGACGCUAAAGUCGUCCACUACUGUGCUGCUGGAUCAAAGCCAUGGAGGUAUACCGGCAAGGAAGCUAACAUGGACAGAGAGGACAUCAAGAUGCUAGUUAGGAAGUGGUGGGACAUCUACAACGACGAGUCUCUUGACCUGAAACCCGAAAUUUCCAUUCAAGAAGAGGAGACAUUGUCGAGGUCAUCAAUCAUGGGUUCAAUGCCGGAGCCAGCCGUAUCAUACAUUCCUGCUCCCUCGGCUGCCUGAUCGAGAUCAAGGAUUAGCAAUAAGGCCCCCCAGGGAGCUAGUGUCGUCUAAUUUUAAGGUUGGCGCUUUCUUAUGUUUUCCACCCCCCUCCGCAUAUCUAAAAAUUUCAACCUAAUGGUAGUAUCCUGUAGAAGCUACCAGAUAUCGUGAUUUUAGCGUUUACUAGAGGAGACCAGACAAUGUAUGAUCAAUGCGCAUUUGAUGUAUAUGGCACUUCUAUGUGAAUGAUCUCUAUACGAAAGGCCUGAAGAGAUGGUCUUUGGUGCUUGAUGAAAUAUAUGUGUUCGGGUUUCUUCCUAA